CUGCCAAACCCUUUAAGAAAUCUUUUAUUUUUCCUUUUGAAUUACAGAAAAAUGCGAAAGGCCUGGAUUUAUUUGACCAGAUUGUAUAUCAUCUGGACCUUGUGGAAACUGAUUACUUUGGCCUACAGUUCAUGGAUGCUUCCCAGGUUACACACUGGCUGGACCAUUCUAAACCAAUUAAGAAGCAAAUAAAAAUUGGACCUCCGUACACUUUGCAUUUUCGAAUUAAAUAUUACUCAUCAGAACCGAAUAACCUUCACGAGGAGUUUACAAGGUACCUGUUUGUAUUACAGCUCCGACAAGACAUUCUUUCAGGAAAACUGAAAUGUCCAUAUGAUACUGCUGUAGAACUAGCAGCUCUAUGUCUUCAAGCUGAACUUGGAGAGUGUGAACACCCAGAACACACACCAGAGCUAGUGUCUGAAUUCAGAUUUUCACCAAACCAGACUGAAGCUAUGGAAUUUGAUAUCUUUCAGAAAUGGAACGAGUGCAGGGGAAAAACCCCAGCACAGGCUGAGUUGUGCUACUUGAACAAAGCUAAAUGGUUGGAAAUGUAUGGUGUAGAUAUGCAUGUUGUUAAGGGAAGAGAUGGAUGUGACUACGCUCUGGGACUUACACCAACAGGCAUAUUGAUUUUUGAAGGAGCAAACAAAAUAGGUUUAUUUUUUUGGCCUAAAAUCACUAAAAUGGACUUCAAAAAAAGCAAAUUAACACUUGUGGUCGUAGAAGAUGAUGAACAGGGCAGAGAGCAAGAGCACACCUUUGUUUUCCGGUUAGACAAUGCCAAAACUUGCAAACAUUUGUGGAAAUGUGCAGUGGAACACCACGCAUUCUUCAGGCUGCGAGCACCAGCAAACAGUAAAUCUAGCCGAUCCGACUUCAUAAGGCUUGGAUCACGCUUCAGAUUCAGUGGUCGAACAGAGUAUCAAGCAACACAUGGGUCCAGGUUACGCAGAACCAGUACAUUUGAAAGAAAACCCAGCAAACGAUACCCAUCACGGAGGCAUUCAACUUUUAAAGCAAACAAUCCUGUGAAGGCAGCACAGCUAUGUGCAAAAAAUAAUCCUGAAGUCCAUAACUACCAGCUGUAUCACCCUAAUAUGCAUCCUGGUCAGCCACACUGGCACCCUCAUACUCCUGUGAAUGUAAGCUACCCCUUGAAUAACACUGACCUUCAUCAGUUCAACAUUGAAGAAAACGGUGGAACACCAUUUACCACAAAAAUGUGUGCAAGGUAUCAACACCACCACCACCGGCAUCACCAUCACCACCCUAAUUAUGGGGUAAUUGUUCCCGACAGCAAAGAGAUUGUUUCUGGAGUUCCAAACCCAAAUAGCCUCUUUUUAGAACUGAGCUCAGGACUUCCCCUCCUUUAUGAUAACCCUUCUGCCCAUCUGAAGAAGAUGGAAGUGGAGACUGUGAAGGUAGUUGGACCUUGGCCAGCUCUGCACAUCAAUAUAAACAAGGGAGAAGAGAAGAAAGUUUCUGAAAAAAGUCUUCAUCCCCCAGUAUCACCUUCCUCUGUGCCCGAUCAUAUGAAAUGUAACAUCCUUAAGGCUCAAGUAGAAGCUGCUUUUAGAGUGGGUGCCCAGCAGGUGGGGAAAGAAGAGCCAUCAUUUGUAAAUACCAGUAAGGCCUCCAGUCUGCAGGACCCUAAUGUAAGAAGUCCAGCACCAGUGCGACCAGAAACAACACCAUCGACAGGUGCUCCAGAAAAGCAGGAAAUUAAAGUUUCUCGUGUGAGGAAGCUAACAAGACAGUACAGCUUUGAUGAAGAUGACCUUCCUCCAGCACUGGCAGCAGCUGCUGCAGCAUCAACAUCAGUUUCAUCGGCAUCUCCUGUGUCGCAGAAAACAUGUACACCACAAAUGUCAGAAGGACAAACCCAAAUAUCACCUGGUGCAAAGAGCCCCACUGAUGUCGGAAGUACAUUUGCUUUGGAGCCAGGUGACCUUCUGAUGGAUUUCACAGAAGCCACACCUAUGAUAAAGACAUUCCCUGCUGAUACAUCUAAUCCUUUUUUCGAUCCUUUUUCAACAGUACCACAGUUUUCUGCAGAAUUUAUAGACAGCAAACUUGUGUGCUGUGCUGUGCAGUCAUCACCUAAGAUGUUAUCACCAGUGUCUCCAUCACCUGUAAUGAGGUCUUUGGCAGAGACGGUCCCAACCCCAACAGUGCAGACGAUAUAUCCAUCACACAAACCUAUUUCCCUGGCCGACAGUGCUGAGACUCUGAGGCGUGAACUUGAGAGAGAGAAGAUGAUGAAAAGACUUUUGAUGACAGAAUUAUGAAAUUCUCACUUUGUCACACGGAGACUGGAUUGAGGCCUAUCAUGUGCCUUCUGUCUGUUUACAUUCCUCCACUUCUGUGUAUUCAACAUAAUGCAUCAUGAAAAUGUGUUAUGUUCCCAGCUCACUCAGAUUCAUCACAGUUGGUUAAAAUUUAAGUCUUGACUUGAUUUUAACUUGGAGGAGUUCCUUAUUCAUUUGCUGCUGGGAAAUAAACCUUCAGUCCUUUAUUUAUCCUGAGUAUUAGGAUUUUCUACUAUUAUAAAAUGAAUUUUAGGUUUGGUUUUGGUAAAUCUAAGGUAAAAAUGAUCAACAAGGAACAUACUGAUUUCUACUGAGAAAUACUGUUCUGUAUAUAUGUUAAUAACUGCACAGAGAUUAAUGUUAUGCAGAAUAUUUUGAUAGUAACAUAGAAAAUGUCAUUUUGUAUAACUGAAAAUUGCACCGAGUUACUACAGUUUGUAAAAGAAUCAUUUUUAAAAGCAGGAAAAUGAUUAUUAUCUCUUAACCCUAGGACUGUUCAUCUCUGCUGAAAAAAAUGGCCAUCUAACCAAAUUCUUAACUUAAUCUUUACUCCAAUAUAUGUAGAUAUAUCAGUGCUGCCUAAAAUCAUGUCAUCUUGAUUUGACAAUAAAAUAAAUCAUCUUGUACCCUGGCCAAAAAAAAAAACCUUCAUUUGUUCAGAACAAUUUGCUAUUGAUACUUAUAUCAUUAAAGCAAAAAUCUGAAUCAUAAACAGUUUUAACUAAGACUCUGAUCCUACAAACACUGGCAUACAUCUAUAGAUGCAUGUUUAUAUUAAGCAACUGAGCUGUCCCAUUGAAAGUAAUGGGACUUCUCCCCUACUUAGUGUUAAGUAUGUGUUUGCAGGAGCAGAACUUUAAACAAUUGGUUUAUAGUAUUAAGAUCACACAAUGACAAUCUAGGUCAUAUUUCCUUAAAGAGUGUCUGAUAGUUUCCCUUUUUUUUAGUAAUACAGAAUAGUAAAUAAUUUAAAAAGUUGACACCAAUUCAUCAUCAGCUAUAACACACAAUUUUACUCAGAAACCUUGUAUGUGUUUUAUAUGGCCCAAGAUCUAUAUUUUUCUGUUACUCUGUACAGUACAUUCUCCAGUUUUUAAUAUUGUUCAACUCAAAAGAUGCCCUUAAUUUGAUACCAAUGACCAUAGAUGUAUCUAAAUUUAACUGGCAUGUUGGCUUUAAAGCUAGGAAAUGCAUAUGGUAAGAUUCAAUUUUCUUCAGCAUUAGUUAUGGUCAUUUAAUAUGAAAAAUCUUGAGUGCAUUUUAGGACUCUUGAUUGCAACUUGGAGACAGAAAAUUACUUGUCUAUUUUAUAUUCAUUUGGGCAGGAAAUGAACAGAAGGCUCUUCAAUUAAAGUCUGAUAAUGUUGAACCUUUUCUCCAGCUACAAAAUGAAGCUAAAGUAAGUGGCGUAGGUGUCAGGGAGAAAUCCAUGAUGCACUCUGUAAUGAAAUGGCUUAACAUACAGAAAAGGUCCAUGGAGUUAUACAAGUAUUCAGACUUGUAUGUUUCUGAGUACUUUACAGACUGUAUAGUGGCCUUCUAGUUAUGACGCCAACAUUUGGUGGCACACUUUUUGUACACCCAUUUCUGUCAAUCAGAGAUUAUUUUAAACAAAUGGGAAUAUUAGCUCCCUCUGAAGAAAUCAUGGAGGCAAAGAAUGUUCCAGGCAUAAGAUUAUGCUUUCAUUCUGCCACUUCUCUUUAAGAGACAAUGUGUAGUCCUGUGGCACCUUGGAGACAAACACAUAUAUACAUGUAUAGUAUCAUGAGCUUUCAUGGGCAACAUGAACUUCCUCAGAUAAGCAGAGUGGAGAUCUAAGGAAGUAGGUUUUGCCCACAAACCUCAUGGACUACUCAUUGUUUUUAAUGUUACAGAUUAACAUGGCUACUCCUCUGAGACAACUUCAGAGGGAUUUUGGAGGAAGGAGAGCUACAAAUAAUUUUUGCCUGGUCACUAAUAAAAGAGAGCAAGCUAUCAAAUCAGAAAAGGUUCCUAGAAUAGCCACUGUUUUCAGAAACAGGAAACAAAAAUAAUUCCAAAGAUUGGAGUUACUUAAAUUGCACAGUCAUUUCUACUGAAUGCUUCUGGCUUGUCUGUUCUGAAGCAGCCAUGAAUUGUAUGUGAAAUUCCUUCACAGAAUGUGUAGCUGGCCACUUCACAAAAAUUAUAAAGGAGAAAGCUCAGUGUUUCAACACUCUCCUGGUUUUGUUGAGUGUUGCUGUGCACUUAUUCCAGAAUGCUAUCAUGGGCAACUAGAGCCCCCGGAUCCUGCUUUGGUUUGGGCUACCUGCUACUGGUUAGCUGCAUUCGGCCAAAGGUUUCAGAGAGAAUGAAUGCCAGAUUGGGAAUAGCCUCUUAGUUUUUGUGACACACAAAUAAGCUCUGAUUUUGUUACAGUAGAGAACAGCCUGGCACUCCUAGGUGUAUAAGAAUUCUCAAGUGGAAACUUUCAGAACAGGGAAACUGAUACACUAAGAUGCCCUGUCACCACUCUGCAUCUGAAUGGACUGGGUGUGCUUCGGAAUAGCUGAGAAAAGAACAAGGACACCUUUGUGUUUUAGAGAUGGAACAGAGCUAGAGCCGACUUACUUGGUCACUGAACCCCAGAUCCUCACAAGUAUUUAGGUGUCUCCCAUUGAUUUCAGGGGCAGCAGGCUCCUAAGAGGCUAUGAAAAUCAGGGCCUGAGUCUCUGCCAAUGCAGGAUUGUUCUCCACAGUAUAUUCUCAUAUGGUUGUCUAGUCUAAUUUUAAAUAUCUUAAGCAAUGGGGCUGCAUCCCUUCCCUUAGGAGACUGUUCUAUAGGCUCUUAGGAAUGGUUUUCUGAUAUUAAAUCUAAAUUCCAUUUGCACAAUUCCAUAUUUUUAGUUCCUGCACACUCCACGCUGAGCAAGUGCAAUCUGCCUCUUUAAUGCACAGCCUUGUCUGGACUAGGAUUGAGAGGAGUAGUGUUAAAUCCCUAGUACAGACAAGGCAGUGACCAUCUGCUAACCUGGUCCAGCUGAAACCUAGGCUUCCCUGUAGACUUUAACUCCACAAUGUUAGCAAGUGUUGAUGUAUACCAUAUCUUUUCUACACUGCACUUUUAGAACACAUAAGUUAGCACCCAUUAGCUAACAUUUUUCAACACCUUUAAAUCAUUCUCGAAUCCUAAUCUAUGGUGGUGAUAGAGAAAAGUUUAUUGCUGAAGAUUGAUUUACUCUCAAAUCUCAGUUUUACGAAGUGAUACUAUGACUUUGCUGUCAGAGCCCAGUUUCAAAACUUUGAGGCCUUAAGUGUUUUCCUUGUUUAGGUGGCAACACACAGCUUCGUGUUUGGAUGCUUGCAGCAAAAGUAAGCUUAGUUGUUUCAAAAGGUAGACAAUGGUUAUGUAAUGGCUAAACAAGUAUUUUCCCAUGUUGCCAUCUCUCACAGGAUUUUUUUUUUUCCUGUGUGGCUACCCAUUUGAGCACCUAAAAUGAACUGUUUAUUUCAAGGGAAAUGGCCAGGUUUUCUCUGGAAACAUUGUUUAAGGUCCUUAAUCAGUAUCAGAAGAUACUGUAUGUAUAGCUUUUGAUAUUACAACCAUAUUUAUAUCCUGAGAUACAACGUUUAAAAAUCAGUUCCUCCUUAAAGUCUUCACUUCAGGGAUUUGUGUUUCCCCUGCAAGAGUUUGCCCACUCAGCCACUUCAAACAGAGCAGGCAACUGGGUGAAAUGCUUUGAUGGAGGCAGAAUUAUGUUGUCUUUAUACUGUUUAUGGAAAUCCUUCAUUUUCAUUUGUUUUCUUGAAUUUAUCUUUGGUCCACUGGUUACAGAAAUCUACUCUUUGUAAUUAUACAAUGGAAUAUUGUUAUUUCAUUUUUGAUGUCCUGAUAUUGAAGGCGUUUGCAAUAAAUAUACUGAGACUGAUCUGUUGAUUGCAUGUAAGAUCAGCCCUACAACUGUGUUUUGUAAAGUUAAGUGCCGUAAAGGAAUUCUCAGAUGACGUGGGGUGGGGGCUUGCUUCUCUCUCAGCUGCUGUUAUUGCUGCUGGGUGGCAGCUCCAGCCCAGGUUGCUGACAUCAUUUUGUUCCAGCUGAGCAGCAGCCUGUAUCAAGAGACGAGUACAAUGACAUUUUAGUUGACACAUGGCUUGAGAGAAACUUUAUGGCUCAGCUGUUUACCUGUUCCUGUAUUCAUGCCUGCAAUAAAAGAGAGAAAAAUAAAUCACUGAGUCUGAGCAAUCUAUGUUCAAAUCAAGGAUCUGGGUGGCAUGCUACAUUGCCCUAUUCAAGGAAAACAUCUGAUUGCUAAUGAAGUGGAUCCACCUUAAUUAGGGAACCCCUUAGUUAAGC